AUGCCUGGGAAAAGAUCACCGCCGCUCUCAUCCCGGCUGCGGCUUCCAACUGAGAUCUGGGCAUUGACUAUCGAAAAACUAAGCGAGGAGAUACCAGAUCACGGUCAGUGGUUCUCAAGUUACGAUAGAGACCCAGAACCCCGGCCGUCGCAGCUACUGGCCAUCCAAAACUUGCGUCUUGUGUGCCGCACUUUCAGUAGCCUCGCAUCGCCGCUCCUGUGCCCAUACCUAUAUCUUGAAAUCUCGUACGAGUCUAUAGACCGCGCGAAAGGACUUCUCAAAAAUCCCCGAAUCGCUUGUGGUCUUCGCGGCAUACGGCUCUCGCUCGCUUAUCGGCCAGGACUCUUAGCUUACAGUCGCUCGCAAUUUUCCCUUCACUGGGAAGUGAAACUGGAAAAUGCAUGUUCAGAACUCGGAGUGGAGUUGAGCAAAGAAAAUAAGCCGCUCUCUUGGGAAGACAACCCCGGCCUGUAUGAAAAAUUCAAGGCCGCGGAAAAGCGAGAGGAUAUGAUCAGAACACUGGGAAACUUUGGGCAAUAUCUCGGGCCGGUCAAUUCCACAUCUUGCUAUAAUUUCUUUCGUUCCUCCCAUAAAAUUUACAAGGAGAAGCAUUGGGAGCAAUUUGAUCUCUUGAUGAGCGGAUCCUUUGUUCGCCAGUUAGCUGCUGCUCUAGGUCAAGUUCGGCAACCCUUAGCUCUGCACUUCACAGAUGAUAUCCAGCGAAGAUAUAGUAUGAUGAACCAUCGCUUAUUCCUGGGAGACACGGGGCUCGCAGACGCGUUUAUUCAACCUCCUCCUUGGAACGAUGACAAGACACCCGGAUUGCUCCCAGCACGCGUUCUGACGGAGCUGCCCAUAGCCAUAGCUCAAGCGGGUGGAUGGCUCCAAAGCCUGAAGCUCAGCUGCCCCAUAUACAGAUGUUGUCACACCUUCCCAACCGGCGUCUCUCCUGAGCGUUCCAUGGCAGAACUCAGGAGCGCAUUACGAUUCAUACGGAUAGCUGAGGUCAGCUGUCCCGGUCACUGGUGCGCGUACACCUCGGCCUUGCUUUCCAGCCGCGGCCUUCGACAUGUGAGGAUCGGCCCGGGACAGUCCCGGUACGCUAAUACAAGCUGCACCCAGCCUAAUUGUAAACGCGAGCGACAGAGAGGGCGCUGGUUCAGGACAGCCGAGCCCACCGUCAGAAGCUUACGCAUCGAAGAUGUCACGAUUUUCCAGGCUGAAUUAGUGCCGAUGCUCUCUAUGCUUAGCCCUCGAUGUAAGGACAUAUGGAUCUCGUCUUUGAAUUCACCCUACUGUAGUUGGUCUGAGAUAAUAGAGAUCCUCCGGCGUAAAGCAGGAUCCCGAAUCGCCAGUGGGAAGUGCAAGUUGCAUUUGACUGCGCUGAAGGGUGGGGAGUUUCCACAACGACCACGACCACCGCGAGGGAGUGAUAUCAAUGAAGAUUAUGAAAGAGAGCUUGCUGAAUAUGAUGGGAAGAUGAAACAAGUACUGGAUUAUAUAGCGGGCAAGGAUGUUAAGAAGUGGUGGAGUGGAUAG